CACCUUUCCUUACUAUGGACGGUGUUAUGCUAGGGCCAGAAUGACCUUAUUUCAUGAUUUGUUUUCCAAUGCAGCCUCUGCAUUGAGAAAUUUGCUCCCGACCCCCAUAAGCGGCCACAAGAGACGUCGUGAUGGUGGAGAGUCUUGCGACCAGCAGCCGAGCAGGAAAGUCCAGGUCAGCGGUCAGGCCCAGCCGGCCAAUAAUGUAAAUUUGCCGGAGGGCUCAGAACCCGCUAUUGCUAUAGCAAAGGAGGCACUAGUAGAGUCCUCUACACCAGCAGCAAAAGCGGUCCCACUUCCCGCGCCGGCUACGUCAUCUAACGCUUCUAUUGGCUUUGGAAUGGCCGACCGAAUCCGAGAACUUGGCCCUAGGCAGAGCAGCCAAGGAGGUUCUCAACAAAACAAGCCACAAGUGCAAUUGAACAUGGCGGAUUCCGAUGGGCAGCAGCAGCAACAGCCGGCCUGGGGAGCGAACGGCAAUGGAGUCGCAAAGGGCGUCUCCCGUCCGGUGCAGGAGCAAGCGCCGACGGGCGACCCGGCCUUUCCUUCACGUCAACCACAGCCGCCAUUAUUGCAACUACAGCCGCGCGCAGCUCCGCCAUAUGCGUACAAUCCCGCUCCGGUCGGCUCAACUCCCGCACCACGGCAGGGCUACAGCAACGCUAUGCCUACAGGCUACGCUGCCACGCCUGGCUGUCAGCAGCCGCUGCCGCCCAGGCAGCUCUUCAAAACCCCUGUCGCUGCCCCAAGCCCCGUUGAGUUGCGGGGCUUUCGCCAGCUCAGGAUAGACAGCACCCCACAGCAUAAUGUCCGCCCCAUAGCGUCGACCCCACACCAGCCCCGGCCUCCCGCUCCCGCUGCCGCCCAGCCCCUGGGCACACGGGUCCACGCGCCGGUGCCUGCCACGCAGAAGAGCUUUCUGCCGCAGCGGCCGAGCUUCAGCCAGGCCUUCAUGUCGGGCCAGCGGGAGCUGGAGGACCUGGCUCGGGAGGGCAAGCUGAAAGCGGAGCACCUGAAGCUGUGGAUAGCCGAACUUGAUGCGGCCCGCCAAGCCCGCAACCAGCCGCUGCUGCAGCCCACCCGGGAGGUCUACUCCCAGGUCCUGGGGGACGAGGAGGAGCUCGUGAGGGACAAGGGGAAGGAGGCCCAGGCCGCCAACGCGGCCCUCAGAAGCGCGCUGAAGAACCUGCAACGGGCUGUGAACCUUGACCCAAGGGUCGCUGCGGCAGAGACAAGAAGCGCGGCGACUCGGGCUGCCCUGGAGGCGAGUCAGGCGGCAGGCGGCGCGGAGGCGGCUGGUUCCUUUGAGCGCAGGAAAGCCGCGCACGAGCGCGAGGUGGAGCGACUGCGGCGGGAGGCGGAGGAGGGCACCCGGCGGAAGGUGGAGGAGCUGAAGGCUGCGGAUGCUGCUUCGCGGCUCGCAGCCCAACAGGAGCAGCAGCGGCGACAGCAGCAGCAGCAGCAGCCGGGCGGAGUGCCUUCCUCGCAGGCCUCUCAGUCUCAGGCUGCGACUGCCGCACCGGCCCUGCAAAAGUCCGCCUCAGCUGCACCUCCUCCCGCACGGCCACCGGCGGGGGCUGCAGCAGCAGCAGCUCGGCCGGGCCCCGUGGCUGCAGUGGCUAGGAAGCCCGCUGCGCCGCCUCCUGAUGAUGACGAGGUGAUGGAUUUGGUCAGCAGCGAUGAGGAGGAGGAGGAGGAGGAGGGAGAGGGCGAGCAGGAGGAGGAGGGAGAGCAGGAAUCCGAGCCCCUAGACGAUGAUGUCGCGGGUGGCGAUGAGGACGACCCGUACGGUGUCGAGUACGGCAAGUACGGCAAUGAGUCACGUGGCGGCGGCAACCGCGCGCUGCAGCACGCGUCACGAAAGGAGCGCGCGUGUUGGCGCCGUACGAUGGACAGAUCCGCGGGUGGGGAUUCCGAGAUCCUGGUGUCGUACAGCCCCAACCCCAUCACCGUCAUCAACCUGCCGCGUGAUAAGCUGCUGUGCAUGCAGCCGGGGCGGUGGCUGAAUGAUGAGGUCAUCAACCUCUACAUGAUGCUGCUGCAGGAGCGGGACACCCGUCUGCGCACCGCGGCAUGCGGAGGUGCUGGCGGCAGCAGCAGCGGGGGGGGCGGGGGCCAGGUGGCGCCGCGCUGCCACUUCUUCAACAGCUUCUUCUAUAACAAACUGUUUCUGGACCAGCAGAGGUACGACUACAAGAACGUGCGCCGCUGGACACUGGCCAACCGCCUUAAAGCCAACAUGCAGGACUCCCCGGGUGUGUUGGAGCUGGACCGCAUCAUCAUCCCCAUCAACAAGGCCAACAUGCACUGGACCUGCGCGGUGGUGUACAUAAAGGAGCAAGUGGUGCGCUACUACGACUCACUCAAGGGCAAGGACGAGGAGCUGGUGGGCCACUUGAAGCAGUGGGUGCGAGACGAGGCGGCGGACAAGCUCAAGGAGGACUGGGACACGCGGUCCUGGCGGGUUGAGUUCCCCAAGGCCAUCCCCGAGCAGCGCAACGGCUACGACUGCGGCGUCUUCACCCUCAUGUUCGCGGACCGACUGGGCGCGGGGCGGCCGCUGGACUUCAGCCAGGAGGACAUGGAGCUGCUGCGGGUGCGGGUGCUGGCGCGCAUCAUGAACACACGGGUGGACCUGUAGGUGGCCUGAUGGCUGCUGUUGUGGGGACUGCUGUGGGGCUUUGGACCGGGCGGGACCUGUGGGCCAGCAGACUGGCAGGCGGCCGCGGAGGCGUGUAAGGCGGCGGCGGUGGGUUGAGUUGGGAUGUAGAUGUUUGUAGCAGCAGCGGGUGGGUGGUCGGGCGGGGGUGGGGGCGCUUGCAAGACGAGGCCGUGAUCUUGCUGACCUGCCAAGGUGGCCGGGCGGGGGGUUCCUGGCGCGAGCACCUGCAACAGCAGCGGCCUGGCUGCGGUGGUGGUGGUGGCAGCUUGCGAGCUGGGGCGGCAGGGGCAGGUGCAGCCGCAGCAGCUGCUGCAUGCGGCUGUCGCCGACUGGCGGCUCGUGCAGUGUCAGGCCUUUGGGUGGAGGCCUCACCUGGCUAGCUGCCCGGCCGUAGUGGGCUGCAUGGCCCUUCAGAGGCACCACCUGCGUUUGCAGCUGGGGCUCUUAAGGUUGCGGUGCAAAGUGUGGAUGCUGGUGCGGGGGUCUCGACCUGUGUUGGCCGUUGCGGUGGGUUGGCUGCCCGGAGGCGUUUCCGUCCCUGCACCAGCCCAGGAAGCCCUUCCGUGCCAUCCUUUGCUGGGGCACCGGCGGGGGACGCGUGCGUACGAACACCCGUGUGCCGCUGUGCACUGCUGAGGGGCUCUGCGCUCGUGCGGCGGUUGUGCGUUUUGUGGGAGGGGCGGGAGAGCAGGUGUUGCUCGACAUGGCGGGUGAGAGCGGCGUACGUGGGGCCAGUUGCUUCUGGGGGUGGUUGCAUGCGUGCAGGUGCAGAGGUGACUGGGACUAACGAGCUCAUGGCAUGUUGGGUGAGGCGCAAGGAGGGGAGGGGGGGUCAUGGGCGCCUAUGGUGACCAGGGUGGGGUCGGCGGGGUCCUUGACAGCCCGGGCGACCUGGAGGUUUGUUGACCCGGCCCAAUUGCAGUUGGGCGUGCUAGAACAAGGAACUGGCCGCUGCGGUUUUACGGGUUUCAAACGGGAUUAAAAGGGAUCGAGAGAUGGUUGUGGGUGUACCGGUUAUUACGUGCUGAGUUCCCCUUGUCCUGUGCUUGCCGUACUCACUCGUGUUUGUCCCUCAUGUGGUUGUCGGUGCCACGGUUAGCUCGACAUGUGGCGUUUAGGACGCAUAGCGCAAUGGGCGGAGUGUAGACAUGCUAGGUGGCGCUCCUUUUCCUUUCAAUUGCUCUAUGCGGAAGGGUGUACCAGUAUUUUGUUCCCGUGGGCUGACUACAGAAUGCGGUGUAAUGUUGUACUGUGCGCGAGUAUAGUUUGGUGCACAGUUUACAGUAGCAUCUCUGCUCGUUCGACGACUGUGGUUGAGCGGCACAGUUCUACGUACAGUAGCUUCAGUAGUAUCGUAUACAUAACCGAGUGCUCGCGUCAUGUGGGGGUGCCAGUCAGGUUACCUUACAUGCGGCAUAGUCGCCGGUCUUCCGGGAUUGUAACUAUGUCGUACAGAAAGCAUCUCCGGGACAAACUCGGACAGGGACGCCUUGCGGUGUGCGGUGCUUACCGUGUUCCUCUGCCACAUGUGCCCACACCCCUUGUAAAACACAUACAUCAA